UCCCUCCUCCACAGAAACCCCGGGAGGGGAGUGUCGAGCCUGAGCCGAAGGAUAGAUCUUAAGCGUCUGCUCAGCUCACCUCAGAGAUACCCCAGCCCCGGGUGAACACGACUAUCUGGAGGCCUGCGGUGUUGACUGUGAGAAGCACUUGGAUCUGGCUCGCGCUGGUGGCAUCGGUGCGCCCAGGGCCCCGGGUACCCGGGAGUAACGCAGCGCUGUGCCUAGAACAUUGAACAUUGAACAUUGAAGUCGCUGCUCAGCUCCCAAGAUGGCUCCACGCAAACUGCAUGUACUUUUCUGCCUCUUUGGCUGCCUCCCACUGGUCCUUCCUUUUCACUGGCAAGACCCCCCACCUUUUGACUUCAAGUCGUCAGCAUGGUUCCAUAAGAUACAAGCUGUGAUGUCUACUGCCAGGUCUGGCCAUAGUAAAAUCCCCAAAGGAAAUGGAUCCUACCCAGUCGGUUGUACAGACCUGAUGUUCGGUUAUGCUAAUGAGAGUGUCUUCUUGAGAUUGUAUUACCCAGCUCAAGAUCCAGAUCGCCUUGACACAGUUUGGAUCCCAAACAAAGAAUAUUUUUUUGGUCUUAGUAAAUUUCUCGGAACACCCCAAUUUAUAGGCAACAUUUUGAGCUUCUUAUAUGGUUCAAUGACAACGCCUGCAAGCUGGAAUUCUCCUCUCAGGACUGGUGAAAAAUAUCCGCUAGUUAUCUUUUCUCAUGGACUUGGAGCCUUCAGAACAAUUUACUCAGCUAUUGGCAUUGGCCUGGCAUCUUAUGGGUUCAUAGUUGCUACUGUAGAGCACAGAGACGGAUCUGCAUCAGCAACCUACUAUUUUGAGGACCAGGUGGCUGCAAAAGUAGAAAACAGGACUUGGUUGUACCUGAAAAUGCUAAAACAAGAGGAGGAAGAGAAAGUUCGGAAACAGCAGGUGCAACAAAGAGCAAAAGAAUGUUCCCAGGCUCUCAGUGCAAUUCUUGACAUUGGACAUGGAAGCCCGAAAGAGAACAUACUAGGUUCAUAUUUUGAUGUGAAGCAGCUGGAGGGCGCUAUCGAUGAGGAUAAAAUAGCCGUGUUUGGACAUUCCUUUGGAGGAGCAACAGUUAUCCAGGCCCUUAGUGAGGAUCAGAGAUUCAA